CGGCGGGGAGCAGGGCAAGGCCGAUCCCGGCAGUGGCAGCUUCCCCGCCCCCACGGCAGUCAGCCUCCGUGCGCUCGGCUGAUGGAACCGAGCUUUCCGCCUGUCUUUCUGCAGCCGUGAGCAUAGCGGCGCCGCAGCUGCAGUAACAAGUCGGAGCCUCGAGUGGCCCAGACAGAAAUAAACCCUAUAAACACGAGGGGUACUGGGGAGGUUGGGACCUCAACCUCAUGUGACAGAAAUGAAAGUUUCUGCUCCGAUGACGUGCAAAUAUCAGGUGAGGUAGAGAGGAGCUGUAAAGGAUGGCUGUGGCACUACGGUGUUUCCGUCUUCUGCCACCGCUGCUUUAUCGUUCUUCAUUUGCUGUGACACGAGGGCUGCCACAGGCUCCUGCAGGCUGCUCAGCCCUGCUCCUGGAUGGCUGCAGGCAGUGUGUCCAUGAGGUGCUGCUCACCAGACAGCUAGCAACCAAAAAAGCUAAAGGUAAAGGGCAGAGUCAAGCCAAAGUGAAUAUCAGUGCUGCCCUAGUUGAGGAUAUUAUCAAUUUGGAGGAAACUAAUGAAGAUAUGCAGGCAGUGGUGGAAGCUCUGAAAGAAGAUUUCAGCAGAAACCUCAGUGUUAGAACUUCACCAGGGGCCCUUGAUCACAUAAUCGUGAUGACACAAGAGGGGAAGUUUCCACUGAACCAGCUGGGCCAGAUCUCGCAGAAGUCACCGCAGCUCAUUAUAGUGAACAUGACCAAUUUUCCAGAGAGCACAGCUGCAGCCAUGAAGGCUAUAAGGGACAGUGGCAUGAACCUGAACCCAGAAAUGGACGGGACAAUAAUUCGGGUGCCGAUUCCUAAGGUAACAAGAGAACACAGGGAGAGCCUGGCCAAGCUUGCCAAGCAGUCCACCAACAAGUCCAAAGAAGCCCUGAGAAAGGUGCGAAGCAAAAGCAUCAACCAGGUGAAGAAGUUCAAGAGCAAAGUGUCUGAAGAUACCAUCUGGCUGCUAGAAAAGCAGAUUCAGCAAAUGGCAGACAGCACUGCUGCAGAGAUGGACAAGCUGCUGGCAGCAAAGACCAAGGAACUACUUGGAUAGGCAUCAUCCUAGUGGACACACAGCCCCCUCCAGCAGUAAUGGACUGCCACAGACUCCAGUGACCAUCCCUGCCCGUAGCCUCAGUUGAUGAACAGAUACCUCUGCCAGACCUCCCAAGCAGCUCUGUGCUUCAGCUGCAAUGAUUCCCCACCUUGGAUUGGACCGGAGGGAGUAGGAAACUUUCCUUGCUGCUCUUCAUUCAGGUGGCAACAGAACCAGGUGCACCAAGAUUAAAAACAAAUCAGCAGGAAGGAGGACUGGAGGCUGCUGGAAGGGCACAGGAGGAAGGAUUGCCCUGCUCACCUUGUGCACUGGACUGUUUGCAGCCUGGCAGAGGCAAGGACCACACACAGGGAAACCUGAACUGUCCUGCUGUGAACUUCAUCAUUUAUUUUUUCUUAAAAUAAAGUCAAAAUGAGGAACAA